UGAACAAGGCCGUGGCAGCUGCCCAAACUUUCUUCUCGGCCAAUCCAGACCACGCCGAGAUGCGACAGAACCUGGCUUAUUACCAGAUGAUGGUUGGGGUGAAAGAUUCGGAUUUUGUCGAUUUGGAAGCGAAGGCCCACAUGCAAGAUUUCCACCUGGGUGUGAGUUACUACACGGAGGAGAACCCCCAGGUAGCCAUUUUGCACCUGGAGAAGGCCCUGGAUGAGUACUGGGUAGCUGACACCGAGUGCCGGGCCCUCUGCGAAGAGCCGUAUAACUACGAUGGUUACAACUACCUCGAUUACAAUGCUGAUUUCUAUCAAGCCUUUAUCGAUCAUUACACCCAAGUGCUGAGCUGCAAGCAAGGAUGCGUGACGGAGUUGGCGCAGGAAGCGGGACAGGAGAAACCCAUCGAAGACUUCCUCCCAUCCCAUUUCAACUACCUGCAGUUCGCCUAUUACAACA